GUUAUAUAGAAGACAUGCAGAUGCUAUAUUCUUGCUUGUACAGAGGAUGAAAACAUUUUUGCAAAGUUUUCCCAUUUGAACAUUUCUCAUGCAAUUGCAAAAUCCUGUUUAAUAGUCAUGUCUGAAGUGUUGCAUUACCUCUGCUCCUCAACUUGAACGGAGAAGUUACUCUGGAUGUGAAGAAUCCAUCUGAUAUGAAAGAAACAAGAGAGACCUCAGCAAGGUGCACAAGGCUCGUGCAUACUGAAAUUGUAGAUCUUCACCCACGUCCACUCUUCCUGUGACAUGCACCGCCGGGGAGUGCAGUGAUGCAUUCAUGAGGACACUGCUGAGGACAGCUCCCUGACUCCUGGGCAGGUGUCACACCUGCAGAUCACGAGGCCUCGCAGAGCUUAUGCCUUCAGGCUAACUUGAAACAGAUACUGCCAGCAGUGCAUGGUCCUCUUAGUCAACCUUGCAGCUCCACGUGCUUCAUGCUGCCCACCAUGCCAACCUUACCUGAAGACAAGGGACAAGCAAAAGAGGCCCAGCACAACAGCUCUCCUCCAGCCAAAGACACAACUGUUGAAGGGACAACAUGCAGCACACCUUCUAUUGUUCUUCCAGAGAAUGCUGUCACUCCAGAUGUAGAAAUUCAUAAAAAUCUGGUUAACAGGCCUCGGAGUCCCCAUAGGAGACAUUCUAACCGUGCCACCAGGAAUUCAACAAGUUCACUGACUUCUGUUGACAAUAGUGGUCAUGUGAUUGAUCUGGUGAAUGAUCCACUACCAGAUGUCAAAAUAUCAGAGGAAGACAAAAAGAAGAACCUUGAAUUGUUAGAAGAAGCAAAGAAAGUGAGUGAGAGGUUCCUAACACGCAGAGGCAGGAAGUCAAGAAGCAGCCUCUCAGAGUCACCCACAGGGUCUGAUGCAUGCACAGCCACUAGUAUUGAGUCAGUAUCUCCAGGGCAGAAUAACAGAAUUGUGAAAGAGGAUGACAGGCAAACUGCAGAGAAUGCUGCAAAAGGAUUAAUUGAUCGAAGGCAGAAUGAUCAAAGAAAGAUUUCUCAGGGAAGGUUGGUUCCUCGUUCUGCUGGCUUUGAAAACUCCAAAGAGAAGCUCUCAGACCAAAAGGAAAACUUUGAUCCACGUAAACAUAUGGAUACUUUACCUAAAUUCUCCCCUUCAGCUGGUGAUGGUGGCAGAAUGUCUCUUAAUACUUGCGUGAAUGUUUGUGAAAAUGAACUUGGAAAAUCGUUCCUCAAGAAAGGGAAGGAAAAUGAUGUUCCUUUAAGAACCCAUCUACCAGGACCAGGAAUAGGAAAUAUGGACUCAAAGCUAAAAAUUCCUGUUCCAGAAAUGAGGGACCAUAAAGUUCCAUUUAAACCAGAAUUUAAACUGUGUGGACUGCGUCCUCCUCUAUUACGGGCUGUGUCCUGGGAUAGCUUGGAGCCUGGACAGAAAGAGAAAACCCCUUUAAAAUUACCAUCUGAGGAAGAUAAAGGCUUUCUUGGUAAUAAAUCCAACAAUCAGUUAAAAGCUUUCAAAGACCUUCAAAUCCAAGUUCAGCCAGUUCGAAUGCAGAAGCUGACAAAGCUCAGAGAGGAGCAUAUUUUGAUGAGAAAUCAAAAUUUAGUUGGACUUAAACUUCCUGAACUUAGUGAAGCAGCGGAACAGGAAAAAGGCCCUUCACCUCUGCCUUCCCCCACUGAAGAGGAAGAGACAAAGAGCAGCUCUGAUGUCAUGCCCAGCAUUCCUGAUGUAUUGCUGCGAAAACUGAGAGUGCACAAAUCACUUCCAGGAAGCUCCCCACCACUCACUGAAAAAGAAGUUGAGAAUGUAUUUGUACAACUCUCCUUGGCCUUUAGAAAUGAUAGUUAUACAUUGGAAUCUAGAAUUCAGCAGGCAGAGAGAGAGAGAAAUCUUACUGAAGAGAAUGCCGAGAAGGAACUGGAAAACUUUAAAGCAGCCAUUACGUCUUCAGCUCACCUGUGGCACCACUAUGAGCACAGGGAAGCGUACCAGAGGCUCCUGGAGGACAUCGCAGUGCUGCGGCGUUUGGCUGCCCGGCUCUCCAGCCGCGCCGAGAUGGUCGGAGCCGUUCGCCAGGAGAAGCGUAUGUCAAAGGCAACAGAAGUAAUGAUGCAGUAUGUGGAAAAUCUGAAAAGGACAUAUGAAAAGGAUCAUGCUGAACUGAUGGAGUUCAAGAAACUUGCCAAUCAGAAUUCUAGCAGAACCUAUGGUGCAUCUGAAGAUGGAGUUCCUCGUUCAUCUAGAUCCAUGUCUCUCACUGUUGGAAAGAAUAUGCCUCGAAGGAGAGUCAGUGUUGCUGUUGUUCCUAAAUUUAACUCCUUGAACAUUCCUGGUCAGUCACCAACAGCUUCACCUAUACCUACUAUGCCAUCCCUGUCUGAAUCACCCAGUAAUGGAAGGAGCAGCCUAACAUCUACUCCUGCUCUGCCAGCACUUCUAGAAAAUGGGAAGUCAAAUGGAGAACCUGACUGUGAAACCUCAACUCCUGUGCUGACACAGAGUGGGUUGGAAGAGAUCAGUCCUGAAACUAAAGCCAAGAUAGAAGAGGAAGCAUAUAACAAGGGAUAUCAGGAAGCCUUGAAGAAGGCCAAAGAACUUCAGGAACUGAAGGAAGAAGAUGAAGAGACACCCAAAGAAAGUCAUGAGGAACAUGAAGAAAGUGAAAAUGAAGAUGAGAUAAAAAACCUGAAAAGCAGCAGACUUGAAGUCAUCGUUAAUUAUUUAUAUAUCCUGUACCCCAAACUGUGCAAACACUGGAACGUGGUGUGGCUUGUGGUGGCUGCAAUAGUCAUUUUUGCUGUGGUGUUGGGAAUCUACCACUCCUACAACUCCUGUGAUGAAAAGUCAGAGGCAGCUGAAGGGAAGGCCAGCUGCUCUGCGGCCCAGCAGUAUUCCUGGUGGAGCUCAGGAUUCCGGCAGCCCCAACGCGCGGAAUAACAGAGGGACAGCCACGCCCUUGUGGUCCCUGAGUGAGUUUGUGUAGUAGAGCAGCGUGUUUAAAGGUAGUGCUUAGUCAUCCCUGUGGCUGCUCCACUGAUCCCUUAGGCAAGUGAGUUACUCCACACCACCAGGUUUGGGAUCCAUGGUGAGCAUUCCUUGCUAAGAUGCCAAUCUGAUCAAUAAUCCUGUCUGUCCUCUUAUUGUCAAGGACUCGUAGAAAUAAAGUAGUGUUGAAUCAUGGUAAGGUUGUGGCAGUAAUCAGCAACCUGCAAGACAUUUAAAAGAAUGAUUUGCACAGGACAUUGACAUUUUGAAGACCAUCAUAAAACCCACAUUUGCAGUUAAUGCUUUACUUUGCAUUUCCUGAAUUUACUGUUGAUUGUUGAAGUACUAAUUGCAUUUAGUCCUUUGGGUUUUAAGAGGCUAAUUCAUUUCCAUAUUCAUGACUAUUGGGCAGAAAUAGAAGCACUUCCAUGGAAGAAUAUAAUUAUAUUCUAAGACCAAAUGCCUUGCUGCUAAAGUCAUUUUAUAAGAGGAAUUAUCUAUAUGAUUAUUUAAAUGGAAUGCUAAGUACAUGCAUAAAUGUUUUUUAUGAUAUGUUUUAAGAAUGGGACCACCAAUUUUU